AUGGCUUGGAAAUUCAUGCUACUCUUUAUCCUUGCAAGAUGUGCAAUUGCGGAAUUUCCUGAUUGCAAACAGGGUCCUUUGGCGAGCACUCAGGUCUGCGAUACCGAAGCAGAUCCUCUCGACCGCGCCAAAGCAUUGGUCAGUCUUUUGACUCUCGACGAGAAGCUCCGAAAUACUGGCAACUUCAAUCCAGCUGUUCCUAGGUUAGGGCUGCCAUCAUACGACUGGCUUGCAGAGGCUUUGCAUGGGCUGGCUGUGUGUCCCGGCGUCAACUUCUCAGAUGCGGGCGAAUUCAGCCAUAGCACAUCCUUCCCGAUGCCCAUCAACCUCGGAGCUACAUUUGAUGAUGUUCUCGUUGAGCAGGUUGCGACGGUAAUUAGUACCGAGGCUCGUGCGUUCAACAAUGCUAAUCGUACGGGAUUGGACUUCUGGUCACCAAACAUCAACCCCUUCAAGGACCCCAGAUGGGGUCGUGGAGCCGAGGUCCCCAGCGAAGAUGCUUACCACAUAUCGUCCUAUGUCGGCGCUUUUAUCAAGGGCCUCGAGGGUGAGCCCACAGACAAGCAUAAACGUAUCGCGGCUACCUGCAAGCAUUUCGCCGGCUACGAUUUGGAAGACUGGCAUGGCAAUUACCGGUUUCAGUUUGAUGCUGAGAUUUCUGUGCAAGACCUUGCCGAAUACUAUGCGCUCCCAUUUCGCACCUGCGUCCGCGAUGCCAAAGCCGCUGGUGUCAUGUGCACUUACAACGCCGUGAAUGGAGUGCCGACUUGCGCUGACCCCUAUCUCCUCCAAACUAUCCUAAGAGAUCACUGGGGUUGGAUUGAUCAACAGCAGUGGGUUGUCACGGAUUGCGACUCGAUUCAGAACAUCUACUAUCCCCACGAAUACACGAAUACGCGAGAGGAAGCCGUGGCCGCGGCUUUGAAUGCUGGCACUGAUAUCGACUGCGGUGAAUACUUUCCUGACUACUUGGGGAGCGCCCUGUCGCAGGGAUUAAUCAAUGAAGACACUCUCGACCAAGCCCUCAUCCGCCGAUACUCAACGCUCGUCCGUGUGGGAUACUUUGAUCCACCAGAAGGACAGGCAUAUCGAGCGUUGUCAUGGAAGGAUGUAGACACCCCCAACGCCCGCGAGCUUGCCUACAAGGCAGCUGCAGAGUCCAUUGUUCUUCUUAAGAAUGAUGGGCUCUUACCCCUUGACAAGAAGACUGUCAAGUCGGUGGCGAUCCUCGGCGACUGGGCGAAUGCCACGACACAAUUGCAAGGCGCCUACUUUGGCCCGGGCCCAUAUCUCAAGACUCCUUUGUGGGCAGCUCAGCAGCUGGGACUCCAUGUCAACUACGGGGUAGGAGUUCAUUCACCCAUCAACUGGCUCACGGACCACUGGCUUCACGCAAAGGAGGUGGCAGAGAAGUCCGAUAUUGUUAUCUUCAUUGGAGGUAUCGACGAAACGAUUGAGUUUGAGGGCAGAGACCGCACUCGGAUUGCCUGGGGAGGCCAUCAGCUGGAUAUGAUUGAAAAGCUCUCGUCUCUCGGCAAGCCAAUGAUUGUGUACCAGAUGGGCGGCGGGCAGCUUGAUUCCAGUCCCAUUGUCAAGAACAGGAACAUCAACGCACUGUUAUGGGGAGGAUAUCCUGGACAAGAAGGAGGCUCUGCACUGAUGGAUGUGCUCUUCGGACUUGUUGCCCCUGCCGGACGCCUCCCCACCACUCAGUAUCAUUCCGACUAUAUCAGCCGGGUGGCCAUGACGGAUAUGAGCCUGCGGCCUCACGCAAACAGCCCUGGCCGAACAUACCGAUGGUACGAUGGUACUCCAGUCUUUGAGUUUGGUAGCGGAAAGCACUACACGACCUUUACUGCGCAAAUCAUCAGGGACAACGCAGAGAGCCAGAGGACUGUCUUUGAGACUACCGCGUUGGUGAAAGGAUGCGACCGAUCCCUCUACAAGUACCUUGAUCUCUGCCCUUUCAAAACAUUCAAGGUCGAGGUCUACAACGAGGGUUCGACAAAGUCUGAUUAUGUAACUCUGGGAUUCCUUUCCGGGAGCUACGGUCCUGAACCAAGACCCAAGAAGACACUUGCCAGCUAUCAGCGUCUUCAUGAUAUUGAGUCCGGUCUGGCGGGAACAGCGCAGCUUAAUCUAACUCUGGGCUCGAUCUCUCGCUUUGAUAGCCAAGGAAAUACGGUCAUCUACCCCGGAAGUUACUCAUUACAAAUUGAUGUUGACCCCCUGGCUUGGACCAACUUCACCCUUACAGGAGAACCUGUUGUGCUGGAUGAGUGGCCCCAGCCUCCACCACGUCCCGAGAGUAGGAAGUCGGGGUACUUCUCUGACGAUUACCAGGGUAGUCCUGAUAAACAGGUUCUCGCCUCUACGAGCUCUGGUCAGCUAUGGCAUCACGAGAAGGAACUUUAA